GUUUUCCCCACCGUCGUCAAUUCCCCCUCCCUUCUUCUCUAAAUUGGGGAAUUCUUUACCCCCAUUUCCACCCUACGGUACAUCGACUUCUUCCCGCGUUUGGUCGCUUCCCCGUGAUCGCAAGACGAUCUCGUCCCUCUCGUAUUGGGGUUGAGGAGUCCCUGUCUCGUUUGGCCAAGUUUCUCAUCGAUUUUGGUGGCAUCAUAGGUGCAGAUCCUUUGCGUUCCGAUUCUGGGUCUGUGAUUCUAGAAUUUGGAGGUCGCAGCAGGAAUGGGAUCACGUGGGCGAUGACAGUUGCAGUGUAGGGGUUUGAUUCGGUGGUAAUUUGUGUGGUUUGGCUUUGGCGUCGAUGUCGAUUGUCGUAGAUCGUGGAAUUGCAAACCUUCUCUUGUGAUUACAGCUUUUAUUUGAAGCUGGUCAGUGGGUUAUAGUCGGAAAGGUUAUCAUGGAACAAGUCGUCGGGGGAAAGUUUAAGCUGGGGAGAAAGAUUGGAAGUGGAUCUUUUGGGGAGCUCUAUCUUGGUGUUAACAUACAGACCGGAGAGGAAGUGGGUGUCAAAUUGGAACCUGUUAAAACAAAGCAUCCUCAGCUGCAAUAUGAAUCAAAAUUGUACAUGCUUCUUCAGGGUGGAACUGGAAUCCCACAACUAAAGUGGUUUGGCGUUGAGGGAGACUAUAAUGCAAUGGUGAUCGACCUGCUUGGGCCAAGUUUGGAAGAUUUGUUUAACUACUGCAGUCAGAAGUUUUCCCUGAAAACAGUACUUAUGCUAGCUGACCAACUGAUUAGCCGAGUUGAGUACAUGCAUUCAAAAGGGUUUCUUCACCGUGACAUUAAACCAGACAAUUUUCUCAUGGGCUUAGGUCGUAAAGCUAACCAGGUUUAUAUUAUUGAUUAUGGCCUAGCAAAGAAGUACCGAGACCUUCAAACUCAUAAACACAUACCUUACAGAGAGAACAAAAAUCUAACUGGAACAGCACGGUAUGCCAGUGUUAACACCCAUAUUGGAGUUGAACAAAGCAGGAGAGAUGAUUUGGAGUCACUAGGCUAUGUGCUCAUGUACUUCUUAAGGGGGAGCCUUCCCUGGCAGGGCUUAAAAGCUGGCACCAAAAAGCAGAAAUAUGAUAGGAUUAGCGAAAAGAAAAUGCUUACUCCAGUCGAGGUGCUGUGCAAAUCCUAUCCAGCAGAGUUUAUUUCAUACUUCCACUACUGUCGAUCCUUAGGAUUUGAAGACAAACCAGAUUAUUCUUAUCUGAAGAGGCUUUUCCGUGAACUUUUCAUUCGAGAAGGUUAUCAGUUUGACUAUGUAUUUGACUGGACCAUGUUGAAGCAUCCUCAGAGUUCUGCGAAUCCCAGAACUCAUCAGCCCAGUGGAAGACCAACUGGAGGAGCUGGGUUAUCUCUGGAAAGGACAGAAAAGACUUCAGUGGGACAAGAAAUUCGUGACAGAUUCUCUGGUGCGGUCGAAGCUUUUGCUAGAAGAAAUGCUUUAGGUUCUGGUUAUCAUGGUGAACACUCUAGGAACAGAGCUUCAGAGGAUUUAUCUUUCUCAGCCAAAGAAACUGUUCUUGAUUCAGAUAAAUCACGUGCAUCCUCCUCCAGAAAUGGUAGCAUAUCCAGAAGAGCUGUUCCCUCAAACAGCAGGCUUAACUCCUCGACAGAUUUCAGCGAGCAACAUCUCAGCCGCACAAGCCAGGUUUCAAACAGCAGCGGCAGCAGCCGCACGCCAAUCAUGCAAAGGCUACAUCAAUCUGGGCCUGAACCAAGGUCUUCACCACUCGCCAGGCCUGCAGCUGGGCGGAGCUCUCAUGAUGCCCGCACUCUUCGAAGCAUGGAGUUUCUUUCCAUCAGUGCUGAGAGGAGGAAGUAAUCCACAAAAAGAAACCAGGUGAUGGGAAAAAGGCAGCCACUCUUUCAUGGUUCUUGUUCUUGCUGUGGCCUUCAUCAGCUCUUUCUGCUAACUUAUUGCACACAUGUUACGAUGGGCAUUGUUUAUUGUGACUGAAGAUUCGGUAAUCGUGACUUGGUUUUUAAGGUAUUCGAUGACAAUCCUCAGUCGAACUGCCAUUGUUAUUCAUUUCUCAUGAACAAAAAUAUGUUGGUGUCUCAUAGCAAAUGUGAAGGAUCUCUACUGACAUAUCUGCUGCUUCCUAUGAGACAAUUGAAAUAAAAAAAAAAUAGUGAAAAUCUUUUGAAACUCUGCUGAUUA